AUGGCGCUGGGCUCUGUGGAGGGAUUCUCAUGGCUGAUGUCGGGGAGAGGUGUGCCUUGUUUGCGCUGCAGAGGGCUGUGCACGGGCUUCGAGCCACACUCCUGGAGGAAGAUCUGCAAGUCGUGCAAGUGCAGCCAGGAGGAGCACGGCCUGAGCUCGGAGCUGGACGAUGACCUCAAGGUCGGGCUGCUGCUCUCGGGCUCGCGCCACUCGUCGCUCACGGCGCGGCUCAAGGGCGGCGACGGCGCCCGCAUCUACAAGAGGAACCGCAUGAUCGUCACCAACCCCAACGUCUCGGGCAAGGACCCCACCUUCGACACCAUCACCUACGAGUGGGCUCCCCCGGGGCUCACCCAGAAGCUGGCCAUGCAGUACAUGGAGCUGGUGCCCCCGGAGCUGCAGCCCGUGGCGGGCACGGAGGGCGCGUUCCAUCGCCGGCGCCGCCUGGCGCGGCAGCUCCCGCUGCACGACCAGGACCCGGCGCAGUGCCGCGGCCUCGGCGAGGGCGAGCAGCACCUGAUGGAGGAGUUCGUCAGGAAGUACAAGGCUGAGGCAAUGGGAGUCGGGGAGGUGGCACUGCCGGGCCAGGCCGGAGGAGGGAAGGAGGAGGAGAAGCCCCAGGACAAGAGCGUGGAGCCUGGCAGAGCCCCUGAGUCACCCAACGGGGCCCUGGAGAGCACACCUGGAACUGGGCACUACCUCUGUGACUCCUGUCACCAGCCGGUGCCCGGGGACUGUCCCGUGGUGUAUGCCGACCGUGCUGGCUACUCCCGGCAGUGGCACCCGGGCUGCUUCGUGUGCUGCCGCUGCUCCGAGCCCCUCGUGGACCUCAUCUACUUCUGGAAGAGCGGGGCAGCCUGGUGUGGGCGGCACUACUGCGAGAGCCUGCGGCCCCGCUGCGCCGGCUGCGACGAGAUCAUCUUCUCGGAGGACUACCAGCAGGUGGAAGGGCUGGCCUGGCACAACAAGCACUUUGCCUGCCUGGAGUGUGAGACGCUGCUGAUGGGCAAACCCUUCACCCUGGCCAACGCCAGCCUCCUGUGCACCACCUGCAGCCAGAGCCGGGUCUGA